CGGCCGCCCCUUAAGAGCUGGCGAGGGCGGCGGGGCAGGCAGAUACAGGCGCUUCUCCGACUCUCGACCACCGCCGCGGGGCUCCGGAGCUCUGAAGGCGGCGGGAUGGGGGCCGGCGCGCUGUUGCUGCUGCUGACGCUGCUGCUGCUGGGGGCGCUGAGUCCGCCGCUCCGCUUCCGCGCCAAGAUCGCCAGCUAUUGCGUUCUCUGCGUGGUCGCCUCGGCCCUCACCAGCCUCGUCUGCCUCCUCUGGAACGGCGGCCGCACCGUCCGCAACAUGACGAUCAUUAAAAAUGUGGUUCGCACCUUCAAGUACUUCUACGGCCUGAGGUUUGAAGUGAAGGGUCUGGAGCACUUCGAGGUCGAAGGUCCCUGUGUCAUCAUCUCAAACCACCAGAGUAUCCUGGACAUGAUUGGGCUGAUGGAAAUCCUUCCGGAGCGCUGCGUCCAGAUUGCCAAAAAGGAGCUCUUAUACUUUGGGCCGGUGGGGCUGAUUAUCUACCUGGGUGGGAUCAUCUUCAUCAACCGGAAGAGCACCGGCAAUGCCAAGUCCGUGAUGUCUGGAGUCGGCCAGGCCAUGACCAGCGAGAAUCUCAAGAUCUGGAUCUACCCAGAGGGAACAAGGAACAUGAACGGAGAUCUUCUGCCCUUCAAGAAGGGAGCUUUUCAUCUCGCAGUCCAGACCCAGGUUCCAAUAAUUCCUGUGGUCUAUUCCUCCUUUUCUUCGUUUUACAACCCAGAAAAGAAGAUGUUUACAUCAGGCAAAAUCAAGGUGGAAAUCUUCCCGCCCAUCUCAACGAAGGGCCUGACAAAUGAGGAUGUUGAUGAUCUCUCCAAGCAAUGCUACACCACCAUGAGGGAAACCUUCUUCACGUUAUCGGGAAAGAGCAGAGAAGCCAACGGAGAGGCCUCCAUCCUUGGGCAGUAGGGUCUCUUGCCAAAAUGACUGGAGGGCUCACCUGUGGGACAGGUCCUUCAAUUGCCCCCAAGAGUGGUGAUGGCUCCCCUUGCUUGAUGAAAACUUUGUGUAAGUUGUUCCAAAGCAUUUGAGUGAGGGGGAGGAGGAAAUUCAACCGGUGGAUGUGCUCAAAGGUUGAGAAAUCUCGUCUGGCCUUUCCCUCCUCACCUCCUUCUCCACAAACUGCCAUUACCAAAGAUUCCUGCCCUUCUUGGUGUCCACAACCAGCAGUUUAAACCCCAAGUGCCUUUUCUCUCUCCUGGUGACCUCAGGGACUGGGUCCAUGGCUUCCUCUUUGCCCCCCAGGGUGAUGGUGUGAAGGCGCUUCUUCUCUUCAUUGGGCACAGGGGGUAAUUUGGGUCGACAGGCCCAGACCCUGAUCCACUUGGCAUUUUUUCCGAAGGAAGAUGGGGGGCAUCAGGCCCCAUUAUUUGACGCAGUUUUGAGUUGAGAGGGGGAACCAGUAAUGACCCUUGUCCAGAAGAGGAGAUGCUGGGUGGUUGCUGUUCUGAUAGGCUGCAUCUAUUACUGUUGGAGAUAAGGUACGCUAGUAAACUCCCACAGGUAAACUGGGGAGAAUGUGGAGGGACCACAGUAAAGUUUGCUGCUAUGGCAACCAAGCAAAUUCCAUCCUCCAGGACUCCUAUUGAUCCUUCUCAGUCUCACCAACUUUUAAGAUGUGAGGACCUCAACUCCAAGAAUUAUCCAGCCCGCUAAGGAACGCUGGCUGAAGAAUUCUGGGAAUUGAAGUCCAGACAUCAUAAAGUCCUUCCAACGUUAAAUGUUGCCUAAGAAAAAGGAAGCUUUCUUAUUUAUUUGAGACAAAGUUCUCCCCGUUCUUUUCUUUCAAGAUAACUAGAGCUCUGUUGCAAGAAGAAAUUUAUCUCAAGGCUUUUAGUCACCAAAAGUUGCCUCACACGGUUUGUGUGUCAGAGUGCAAUGCAGACAUACGAACUUGAAAAUUCUGAGAUCUCAUGAUGGCGAAGGGAAGAGCUGAUGGGGGGGGGGAAUCCUUUUGUUGGAGAGGAUUUCAAAACAAGACAAACGUGUGAAGAAAUUUGAUUAAACUUCCCUGCCGUAGUGUUUGGAUUUGCCUGUCACCUCAGCAAAGCAUGCCCAUUUUAUUUUGAUUUUUUGUGAUAAACGGAGGGCACAAUGCUGCUAGCAGCCCUUUCACUAAUUCUGUCAACCUUCAGCAGAGUUGUGAGUCCAACUUUUGAGUUGUGUUGGGGCAGAAAUUCUCAGAAGUAAACUCUUAAAAAGAGAAUAGACGUUGCGUUCACUCGGAACUGGGAGGGAGAACUUGUCACUUGUCCGACAUUCCCUGCACGUUUGGCUGCUGCCCUGCUAAACUGUGGUUGCUCCCCACAAGCCUUGAUCCAGCCAUUUUCACCCGAACCAGCCGAUGAAGCCACUGCCUGUUGGUUGACAAUCAGCCUUACACUUCCUUCAGCCUGCAAGUUGAGGAAAGGUUUAGUCUGUAGAAAGGCAGCUUCCACCAUCUUGCAAAGUUUGAGUGAGGCCCUCCAGUCUCACGGAGAGACCCGGAGGGUUUUUUUUGUUUUGUUUUGUUUUGUUUUGCUCAAGGGUGUCCAUUUCUGAACCGGUUGGGACCCUGAACCCAAGUUGGGUGGGCUUAGGUCAGUGUCGGCGAACCUUUUCGGCAUUGCGUGCCGAAAUGAGGGAGUGUGUGCGCUCGCAUGUAUGUGCCAGA